CAUGUACCAGAAUGCACUGCGGCUGUCACGUUCAACUGAGCAGUGUCUACCACUGUACUGACGAGGAGCACACUAACAUACGGGCUGGCUUGCUCAUGCUUGCUACGUUCAGUUGGACGCAAGUGGACGUUAAAGCUACGUCAUCAGUCAGCAGCGCUCCAGCUAACGCUAGCUGCGUCAGUGAACGUCUCACCGUGACACAUGGCUGCGUCCUGCUCUCUGUCACACGCAGCUUCCAGUGUUCCAGACAUGGAUCAAGACAACAAUUCAGAGGAUGAGUCGAUCGUUCCAUCUGGGGAGGCACUAGAAGAGGAACUGCCUUGCCUACCUCCAGAGCUAUCGGACGGUGAAGCAAUGGAGUUGCUUUGGCAGUUGCGAUCCCAGCGCCGCCAGUCAUCCCCUGAGCUCCCAGAGACGGUGUCCCGCCUUACUGCUCCUGAUGGCAGCCUCCUGUACCUGGUGGGCACUGCCCACUUCAGUGACAGCAGCAAAAAGGAUGUGGCCACGACGAUCCGCGCUGUGCAGCCAGACGUUGUUGUGGUGGAGCUGUGCCAGUACAGGGUGUCCAUGCUUAAGAUGGACGAGAAUACUCUGCUGAGGGAAGCCAAAGACAUCAACCUGGACAAGGUUCAGCAGGCCAUUAAACAGAAUGGGCUGAUGUCUGGCCUCAUGCAGAUUCUCCUGCUCAAAGUUUCAGCUCACAUCACUGAGCAAUUGGGCAUGGCUCCCGGAGGAGAGUUUAGGGAGGCCUUCAAAGAGGCUGGACAAGUGCCAUUCUGUAGAUUUCACCUUGGGGACAGGCCGAUCCCUGUGACAUUCAAGCGGGCCAUUGCAGCCCUCAGUCUGUGGCAGAAGGCCCGUCUGGCGUGGGGUCUUUGCUUUCUGUCAGAUCCAAUCAGUAAAGAAGACGUAGAGAAGUGCAAACAGAAGGACUUGCUGGAACAAACCAUGGCGGAGAUGAUCGGCGAGUUUCCGGCUCUGCACCAGACCAUCGUGGCUGAAAGAGACAUCUACCUCACGCACACACUGCGCCAGGCUACUCGCUGUGUGGAGGCCCCCCGCACUGCUCUCAAAGUGCCUGCUGUGGUGGUCGGCGUUGUCGGGAUGGGUCACGUUCCCGGCAUAGAGCGAAACUGGGAGAAGCAGCUCAACAUUAAUGAAAUCAUGAGCGUGGCGCCUCCCUCGCGGUUUGGCUGGGUGCUGCGCUCGGUCAUAAAGGGCGCCUUGGUGGGUAUGCUGGGAUAUGGCUGCUACCGUGCCGGAGGAAGUCUAGGUAGAGUGCUGCUGUCUUUACCUACAGUCAAAUCUGUACUGCAGACUCUCCGGCAACCCUCUGCUCUCAGCCAACAGUGAUGCCACCUUUGACCUGCUGAAAUCAUGCAUUUUUCACCAAUAGCCUUAAGACCAGGAGUUAAGGCUGGAAGAGAGAUUUCACCAGCCCACACAACAAUUUACAAGGAUUUCAAGGGGUUUGGAGCGUUCCACCGUAUUGAAGUCCCUGUAGACCUAGCAGGGCAAUACUGCCAAAGAAACCAUGACAGUACUCUUUGUUUUUGUCCAGAUUUUGUGCAAAUACUGCAUUUUGUCAGGUUUACAAAUGCCAAUAACUUAUUUUCAAUAGAUUCACUUUUUAAGAUAUCAAGUAUCAUCUGAAUUAUUGUCGGUCAAUUGCCCUGAUGGAAAUGAGCCGUUUUCCUUGACAGCAAUUUUGAUAAUUUCCCCAUUUAAAAUCUAGCACUUUAAUAUUGUAUUAUACAUAAAGCCUGUGGGUGAGGAAAAUAAAUCCCAGUAUCAAGGUUGUCAAUAUAAUCAUUAAUAUAAUUUAGGGGUAGAGAGUGACACUCAUGGUGUGCGAUAAAGGUCAAAAACAGGUUUGACUUCGACAACAGAUCAUCUUCUUAAUUUUACUAUUACUAUAAUUCACAUUCAUUAAAACUCACAUAAGACAACAGUAUUUCCCAUGUGCGCGGUCCUGUCCACAUUUACAGAUAAGUGCCUCAUGUCGCAGCAGUAAGCGCUGAAAGGGGAUUGAAUGGGGUAGGUUAAAAAAAGAAUAUGCAUUUUACACAUACUACAACCAAAUGGUUGAUGCAAUUUUCUAAUGUUCUGUUGUCCUAUGUCCCAUCUGCUUUGUGUUGUGUUGUCACCACAGCCUCUUCAUUUUAUGACCAUUCAUGCACUCAAAACUGACCUGAUGCAGGACAGGCUUAAUCGUGCCUCAGGAGGAGCAAUGCUUUUGUCCUGUAAUUUGUGUAAUUGAUUGUAUCUCCAGUAUAAAGCACCCUCACAUAUUGGAUUGAACUGAUCUGUCAGUAAGUUGUUCAUACCACAAAUAUGCAUUUGUACAGAUAGACAUCUCUUAAAAACUUCCACAUGAGAACCUCUGUAAUUCAGCACACCAGCUGUUUGUACUUUUAUGAUAUAUGCAUUAUCACUUGUCAGUUGGAGAGUUGAAUGGGAUAGAGAUGAUAAAAAAAUCAUUUUUUUUUUCCUUCUCA